CUGGCCCCGUUCCCCGAGCCCGGCCCGCGACCCUGGUGAGGGCGGGCGCUCCAGGGCCCAGCUCCCAAGUCCCCCGGGCUCCAGGCCGAAGGUGGCGAAUGUGUGAGCGUUAGUGCGGUGGCCGCGCGCGUGGGGGGCGCCCGGCUCUGACGCCGGGACAGCCAGGCCGCCCCGAGCCCAGAGCCGCCAACCCGGGGCGAGACUCGCAGCGUUGGUUCCGACCGGACUCCGUGCCGGAGGGAAGCUUUGCCCGGUACACGCGAAGCCGCGUGGCCGUCCUGUGUAACAACCGCCUGCGCGGCUCACACUUGCAAAUUAAAAUUAUAUGCGACCUUUUUAGCCAUUUUGGUAACAAAACUCAAUCCCAAGGGCCUCAUUGACUGGCUGCAGUUCGGGUUCUCCCGGGUUGCCUUGCAGUAUCAUUAGAGGAUCCUAUUACCACAUGUCUUUCUCCCUCCGUGUAUGAUAUGAUCUGUAAACUCGGGUUUGAAGUAAGAGACAGUUGUGACAUCAAUAGUAUUGUAACUCAGAAUGGUGAAGUGUGCUGGAAGUCCGUCACAGACUGUGUGGUUUAUACACAAUCAGCCCAGGCUCUGGACUACCGGGGGAGCGUGAGGCUGCUGGGCCCCGUGUGUGAGGCCGUCCGUUUGCAUUUGUCGUCUCUGACCAGGGGGCAGUUUGAAAUGCAGUAUGCACCUUGGCUCCAGUGGACAAGUUCUCCAGAGUUAUUUGCUGAAGUAUUUGAUGCCUUGGAAAGUCUUCAGUCUCCUGCUAUUUCUCUCAGCUUAAUGAAGCUGACAGCGUGUCUAGAACGCGCCUUGGGUGAUGUAUUUUUGCUGAUUGGAAAAGAAUGCCCCUUUCUUCUAAGAGAUCUGCUAACAUCUAAGGAGCUUGCUCAAGUCUUUGGGCUGUCUGUGAUGAACGUGCUGAGAGUCUUCGUCGGCUCUCCGUGUGGCCUUAACCUGCGCAACGUCUUGUGGCACGGCUUCGCAUCCCCUCAUGAAAUCCCGCCCAUGUACUGUUCAAUGAUGGUGGUGUUGACGGCAGGACUGGGGCAGCUCCUGAAGAGUUACCUUCAGCAGAGCGAGCUCACCUGGGCACCUCGACCGCUCAUCGCUCUCCCAGACUUAGAGGAUGGGGCCGUUUUCCCUGAAGUUACUCAGGAGGUACUUUCAGUACUAGAGGAAGUGAUGAAGAAAUCCACUUUUAUAGUAAGAACCAUGUUGCCAUAUUGGGAAGUCGCAUUGAUCAAGUUCAAGUCACACAGGUUUGCCGAUUGUGCCAUGUUGUUACUGACGCAGCUCGAGACCGGACUUAGGCACCUGUUUGCCACCGUUAACAAGUGUCCCAACAGACUUCUGACAGCCGAGUCAACAGCCCUCUAUACCACCUUUGAUGAAAUUCUGGCGAAACACUUGAGUGACGGCGAAAUCAACCAACUUCCUCUUUUCCUUGGAGAGCCUACAAUGGAGUUUCUUUGGGACUUCCUGAACCAUCAGCAGGGUCCUCGUGUAAGAGAUCGUUUAAGCCAUGGGGAAAUCAACUUACCUGAAUUUCCAAAAGAAGUCACAGACCAGCUGCUUGCGUUUUCCACUGUACUUUUGCUGCGAUUUGUUGACGAAGAGCUGGCAUCAAUGUUCAAGGAAAAAGCAGCCAUAAAAUCACUGGUCCGUCUGGCAGAAGGUUACAGUGCUUGCUUCCAUCCCGUGUCUCUGCUGAGAAGACAGGUGAUGAGCUGUGAGGAGAGCAUCAGGGCCUGGCCUCUGCUGCCUUUGCCCAGAGAGGCCGAAGCGGAAGUGACCAGAUUAGAAGGUAGUUCUGAAACAAAUGCCUGCGACUCUUUGAUUAUAAAAAUCGCGCAUGAGCUGCACCGCCACAUACCUGAGAAUCACUGUGUGUGUGCUGGCGUGGACCACCUUCCCGUUGAUAAGUGGCCCUGGCCGCUCCGUGAACUCUGCAGCAUCCGCGUCCCAACACUGUUCUGCCCCAGAGCCGUUCUGGAAGUGCUUGCUGUGCUUCAAAACAUCGGCAGGCGCUGCGCCCACGUGUCCCGCCAGGUCGCGGCCUCCUGGGCGCGGAGAUGCCGGCAGUGGGUGGAGAAGACCCUGCGCUCGCGGCAGAGGCAGAACUUCGUGCACAUGUCACGCAGUAUUAAGCUCCUGUCUCCUGUGCUCCUCCUGAUUUUAUUGCUGAUUGCCCUGGAGCUGGUCAACAUUCAUGCGGUUCAUGGAAAAAGUGCUUACGAGUAUCAGCAGUAUCUCAAGUUCUUAAAGUCCAUCCUGCAGUACACAGAGAACUUGGUGGCUCACACCAGCCCCGAAAAGAACAAGUGGAUCGAAACGAUCGGGCUCACACACACGGCUCUGCUGAGGAUGUGGACUUUUAGUGAGAAGAAUCAAAUGUUAAUGCAUUUAGCGAAGAAAUCCACAAGUAAAGCAGUCCUGUGAAAACACUUAACGACUCAAGAAAUCCUGUGUUGAAUAGACUUUACAGCGUGUAAACUGGAAAUCCAGAGGCGGGGCGGGUCCCAGGUGUUUGAUCAGGAUUCCAGGUCCAGUUCUCUGCAGGCUGCUGACUUGCUCUUCCUGAGUCGUCAGGGUGACCCUCAGGCGAGUCCCUUGCGGUAACCAAAGGGCUGCAGCAGCUCUGGUCCCCUUGCCCCAUUGCACACUGUCCAGAGGAGGCGUCCCCUCGGUGCAUCGCUCCAGGGGGCAGGUUUUGUUAAGCUCUUCCCUUUCUGGUGAUGUGAAGCUUGAUUCCUUGGCUAUUAAGGUGGAUAGGACCAGAUUUUUUCAUCAUAAGUACAUUUAUUUGUAAUUAAUAACUGAUGUGGGAAGUUACUUUGAACCCUUGUGAAUACAUUUUCCCACUAGCCUUUCUUCCAUGUUUUAGCGUCCAUUGGGAAAUCUUGCCUGAACCAGUGCUGGUGGAUAUAAAGCAAUGAUGUUCUUGCCAUGUCUUCUACAUUUACCUUUUGUCAUUUUUCUCGAAAGAAAAGAUGUCCUUCCUGGCUGUACUGAGCACAUUAAAUGACAAGCCUUAGGCCAAUAAAAAAGUAUUUUCAGGGCGGCCGGGUGGCUCAGUUGGUUAGAGCACGUGCUGUUAA